UUUUGGCCGGCUUACAUCCUGGGUGCGACCACCUUAAAAGACGCACACCACUUCUAUACUCAAUCGUACGAUCUCACGACUGGAGAGCUCAGGACAAAACCCACCCGCCGAAGCCUCGCAUCCAAAAUCAAAGCAAACCACCGACAACAAAGACACUUUUGAGCCGCCCCCUUUACGCUUCGUCUACUACCACGACAAACUCCUAGCUAGUAUGCAGAUCUUCAUCAAGACACUCACAGGCCGUAAGCAAGCCUUCAACUUCGAGCCCGAGAACCAAGUGUUGGUGGUCAAACAGGCCCUUCAAGAAAAGGAGGGAAUUCAGGUCGAUCAGAUCCGAUUAAUCCACUCAGGAAAACAGCUAGCUGACGACAAAACUUUGGAAAGCUACAAUAUUGCUGCUGGAGCCACCAUUCACAUGGUCUUGCAAUUGCGUGGGGGAAACUAAAAAGGCGGAUGGUGUCGAGUAUUAGUAUUUGGGUGCCGUUUGUUGGUGAAACCAUCAUCGUGCGGUGAAAGAAAAUCUGCAACAAGCGCUGGAAUUCACGGAUUCUUUAUCCGAGCAACAAUCCACAACCGCAUCAGUUUUCGGCGCUCGUGUUUGCGCUUUUUAGUAUUCCUCUCAUUCCGAGGGCAUGAUAGAACUGUACUAGACGUCAGGUUUCUGAACCGU